UUUUUUAUCAAAAAUAUGCAAAUUAUCAACAAUCAGCCCCAGCAUGAUUCACCAAAAAACGACCAAAAUCCUCCCUCUACUCCCCCAAAUAACAGCAAAAAACAUCAACAAAAUAAUCAAAGUCAGCAACGCCGUACUGCCGCCGAACGACGUGCUAGUCAUAGACGCAGAUCGACUGCGCAGGCGAAUGAAUUAGUACAACUUGCGCAGUUGCGAAAAGGAAUUGAAAAAAGCCGUACAAGUCAGGACAGUCCUAAUAUAGAGAAAAUUGUUGAAGAACAUCCAACUAAGGAAGAAAAUUCUGAGAAGACAAUGAUUAUUCCAAAUCAACAAAUGGGCAAUUCAACAAAAACAACACAAAAUAUAUUAACAACAGCAGAUUCAGACGAAUUUCCCCCAGAACCAACAAUUACUGCACCUGGCAGCGAAGAAGAAGAAUUUGUCAAUAAUGAAAAUAUUUGUAUUAAUUUAUUAGAAGAAGAACAAGUAGCUACUUUAAUGCUUUUUGAGCCAUCCCCAACAUCUUCCACCACCUCUCCACCAAUCAGAACAACACCAAAAACAACAAUAAAUAAAAAUAUUCCAGAUAUCCCCCCUCCAUCCCAUCCAUUCAAACAAAAAUAUUACCACCAAAGAAGUAUUUCUGAUCAUUUAUUAAAUUAUUCUAGUUCAAAAAAUAUUCAAAAACAACAACUUAAAAAUCAAGAAAAACCGUUUGGAGAGGACAACAAUCCUCCUCCAAAAUAUAUUUAUUCUUCUCAGUUGGACAGUGAAUCGCCUUUAAACCUUCAAAACAACAAAUAUAAUAACAUCAACACCAAAUUUUCAAUGGCUGCAGCAACAACAAAAAAGAAAGCUCCUAUUCUUGCUCAAAUUCGUAGACUUAAGCGAGAAGAGGAAUUUAAUGAUCAAAUGAGCGCUAAUGAUUACAACACUGAACCAGAAGAAGAAGAAGACAAUGACGACAAAUAUUAUGAAAGUUCAGCAAUAGAGGAUGACGAUAUUGAAUUUACCAACAGACUUAGCCGUCCACAACAACGUUUAAAUAGAGUUUGUAGUGGGGAUGGAGAGCUUGUUAAACUUCGAAAUGUUCAUAACAACGAGGAUGAUUUCUCCCCUCCUCCACCUUCAUUUACUACUACUCCAACUUCUCUUUCGUCCUUUUCUGCUUUAAAGGCGGCAACUGCUUUGGCUGGUGUUAAUUUGUCUUUGGCUAGAGGCCUUGAAAACAGCUCUAUUCCAACCAGCAAUACUUCAACACCUUCCAACACCAAAACCAAAAAUAGCAACAAAAAAAGCGCCUCAUUUUCUUCUACGCCUUCAUCUUCUUCAGGAAUUGCCAACCUAUUUUCUCUAGGAAAUCGUUUUUCAACAAAUCGGCAAAAUUCUGACAGCAGUCUAUUAAGACGGAAUAGCCAAAAAGUUGAGGAGCAACAACAACAAAAUUUGCUUUGCAGUCGUCGCUCCUUUAAAUGGAAAAAUCUUUGGGGGCGGAAAAAUAGUGGGACAUCCAUUGACGAUAGCAAUAUAGUUGUGGGAUCAAAUGUCUCAAAAGGAGGAUCAAAUGUCUCAAAAGGGGGAUCAAAUGUCUCAAAUGUCUCAACUCCAACUGGGUCUCUGUUUUCAACAAAAAGGGCAUCUAGCCAAUUAUUAGACACUUUAAUAGAAGAUACUGAAACAUUUUCAAUAUCAGGAGGAAGUAAAGAAGAUGAGCUUAAACAAAAAAGAAGGCUAAAAAGACAUUCGGCUUUAUUGUUAGUUGAAGGGAAUGAUAAAGAAGAGGGGAAGGGUAUAGAAGAAGAAGGAAAGGAAAGAAGCUUUAAUCAGAACGCCAAUACAGCUUUAACCCCAGUACGCUUUCGAACGGCUAAUCAGAUGUUAAAUAGUUCUUCAAAAGAAGAGAAGAGUGAAAGAAGAGAAGAAGAAAAAACAGAAUGCCAAGAAAUUCUUUCUUCAUCAAUUUUGCAGCAAAGACCAUUUUCAAUUAUUGGCACAGGGCAGGAUAGUGAACCCUCACUUAUUAGCUCCUCUAAGGUUCAUAAUAUGCUGUCAGUUGAAGAGGAAGACAGUAGUGAACAACAAUUACUGCCAAAUGAACAAUUGGCCCGUUAUAGAAUUGAAGAAGACCUAUUGGAACGUUUUGACGAAUUUCUUUUUAAAUGCAGACGAAAGGGGUUGAGAACAUUGAGAAAUGUAAAUGAAGAUAGUUUUGGAAUGGAGGAAGAAGAGGAAGGAGAAGAUAAUGGAAGGGAGGAAGAAGAAAUGAGGAAAAUCAUUAAAAAAUCUUCAAAAAAUAGAGGAAGAGACGGAAAAUUAGACAAAGAAGAAGAUAAUUCACUUCAAAAAUCAGCAACAUCCUCAACCUUGCUUAAAAAACCAAAUCACAAAAAAGUCGAAAGAACAGCUCCUCCACUCCCUCCACGACUUUCACGAGCUACUCGUCGUUCUACAAAUUGUUCUCCAAUACUUUACAUCAGCACAUGUCAAACACUCGAUAGACGACAAAGUAAUAAAAAAUUGGCUCUUCAUAGAGCUGUUUCAAGUAGGGCUAAUAAUCUGACGAAUUUGACAACAAGUUCUUCGCCCUUUUCGUAUACAUCAACACUUACACUUCCUCGUAAACGUCCUCCUCCUCGAGGCGUAUCAACACAGCAAAGAAGGAGAGGAAAUAUUACGUCAGCAGCUACUCGAAGGAAAAGUAUCGUGCAGCUAGCUGUGGAGGAUUCUGUUGAACUGGCAGCGAUUGUUGCGGCGGUGGAAGAGCAUGAAAAGGAAGAUUUGAAGGGGGAAGGAGGAGGUGAUGGAGAAGGUCAUGAAGAUGCUCAUGAAGAAGGUCAUGAAGAAGGUCAUGAAGAAGUUCAUGAAGAAGUUAAGGAGGUUGAAAGGGUUAAAAAUGAAGCUGAAGCAAGACAAGUAGAAGAUGAGAAGCAGAAGCUUAAGGAAACGAAGCAACAAACACAGCAACAACAACCAGCAAUGUUCAGAGUUAAGUCCUCCAAACAUUUGACUACUUCCACCAAUCAUCACAGCACAAAAUGUGCAAUAUUUAGACAUUUAUUAGGGGCAACUACAAACAACAAUAAUAACCGUGUUUGUGGAGGUGGAAAAGUUGCACCAAAAAAUAAUGGGACCUUGAUCACUAGCAGCAACAACAAUUUGGGUAAUGCAACAAUAAGUGGUGGAAGUUGUGUUGCUGAAAUGGCUAUUGAUGGGGCUGCUAAUAGAACAAUUUCUAAAGACAACAAAAAGCGUGAAACAAAAACUAAUUCAAUGAUCCUUGGGACAAUAUGGUCAAUUCGCCCUCGUCGUAAAAAAGAAAGUAAUGCUCAACGUAGUCUAGUCAAUUUAUGGGCUUCUCAAUCCCCUACAGAAAAUAUUAGUGCUAAUAUUGCUGCUGAUGUGUCUGUUGCUAACAAAUCUUGUCCUAAUGGCAACGGCGAUUUUAUGAACAAUAUUGCCGAUCAACAGCAACUUCUACAACAACAAAAUUUAUCUCAACACCAAUCCUCUCUUCUACAAAGUCCAAGUUCAACAACUGCAAAUGUUGGUAGUUCAUCACCAUUUUGUAGCCCAACAUCAACAACGACUGAUGGAAUUUUUCAUCAUAAUAAUGGGCCGUCUACAGCCUCUUCAAACUUCUUUCCCCGUGCUCAACUACAACAUUCUCGGUGGGCAGAUUUGGAAUUAUGGACAGAACAAGAAACUAGUUGGACUGCGAAAUAUUGUGUUGGGAGUGAUAAUGAAUUUUCUUCAUUAAGUGCAAAAGAGAUGAAACGUCAAAAUAUUAUUUAUGAGCUUGUACUAACCGAGCGUCAUCAUUGCCAAGUAUUAGUAUUAUUACAACAAUUAUAUUAUGAGGGACUAGCACAUAAUAGAAUUUUGACACCAAAACAAUUACAAUUGUUAAUACCCGAUGUUGAAGCUUUACUUGAUUUUCAUCUUUCAUUUUUACGUAGUCUUAUUGAACGUUGUUCUCAAUCACCUAUUGUAGAUGAAAUUUCUGAUAUUUUAUUGACAGAAUUUGGUUCAGGGAAUUUUCGUAAUAAUGCAAUAAAUUCAUAUACUGCCUUUUGUCUUGGCCGAGAAGAUAGUGCAAAACAAUAUUCUACUUUAAUUGCUCAAAAUAUACAUUUUCGUAAAUUUAUGGAAUAUUACGAGGGACAACAUAAAGAUCGUUCACUUAAAGAUUGUAUGUUAUUGGUUGCUCAAAGAUUAACAAAAUAUCCUGUUUUGGUGGAACAGAUUGCCAAACAAGAAUCUCAACCUUCAAAACAAUUAUUAGCUCAAAAAGCCCAUUCUAUAGUUCGCGAAUUUGCAAUGCAAGUAGAUCAACAAUUAAUGCAGCAUGAAUUAAAUAAAAAAUGGACAGCUUUAAAAAAAGCUUUAGAUAAAUCUGCGGCUAUUGCUAAAUUGAUUCAUCCAAAAGAUGGAAUUGACUUUUCUUUUGAUGAUUUAGUUUGGCCUGUUGAAAAUGACUCAACAAUAACAUUAACUAAUUUAACAAAAACUAUUGGAAGACGGCAAAUUUUAUUAAUAACACGUGCUUUUUGGCGUGAAACAAUGAAUGGACCUGAACUUGAACUUCGUUUAUUACUCUGUGAUGAUGUUAUUGUCUUCCUAAGACCUAAAGGUGGCGGUGGAGGAUCUUCUUCAUCUACAGUUAAUGUUGGCUCAAAUUCUAAUGCUGCCAAUACAAAAUUGCCUCCACUUCAAUUCUUUCGCCAUAUUUCUCAUUCUGGUGUUUUACCACUUCACUCAAUUUUAGUCCGUGGAGAAAAUGUUCGAAGAAAGAGUCUUCUUUUAAUUGUUACUGCAAAACAAAGACCAGACUUAUUUGAAUUUGCUUUCCCAACAAGUGUUGAAUUGGAAAAUUUUGCUUUAGCUAUUAAAAAAGCAAAGGCAGAAGCACCAAAUUUUGUUCGUUUAGCAGAUGGGAAAUGUUUUGAAUUUGCUGAUAAACCUAUUGGGGAUGGAAUGGGGAAACCUAUAAUUAAUUCUGAUGAUUUUAAAACACAAAUGGAAAAUUGGAAAUUGGAAUUGGAUCAACUUUUUGGUGAGACAGGGGAUUUUUAGACUAAUAGAUUGUAUUUGAGUAUUUGUCAUUGACGCCAAACUCUUCGAUAAAGACCUCAGAAAGGAUAAGGGUAACCACGAUUUACCACAUCCCCCAGUCCACCUUGAUCUAUUAAAAAAGCCCGAUCCUCCAUGAGGCUUAUAAACUAAGCUUAUGAAAGUGAGAUUUAGUUGGGAGUUCAUUAGGUUGGAAAUUGGAAUUGGGUCAACUUUUUGGUGAGGGGCUUGGGAUUUUUAGACUAAUAGAUUUUAUUUGAAAGUAAUUUUUGUUGAGGUGUUAGAGGUUGUUCACAAUCGGUUAAAAUUUUUGCCUGCCCCCUAUUAUUCUCCAUUUAACAAGCAAAAAUUAAUCGGUCCUAAACAAUCCCAAUUGAGGUCAAAUCACCGAAUGAGAACCUCAAAGGAUAGGGGUAACGGUAAUUUACCACCCAGGCCAGUUUAUCUUGCUGCUUAUA